CAGAUAAAAAUACAACUGAGCCAUGCUCAGCUCCUGGCAUUAAAGAUGGGGGACUUAGUGAGAAUUUGCAAACAGGAGCUCUCUGCUUCAGAACUCCUAAGUGUUGAGAUUUCCAAGGACAUUGAGGAUGUUUUAGAGUGCUCUAGUGAUGGCAAAGUGAAGUUUGAUGACACUGGCCUCUCCGCACUGCUUCAGAAUGGUCUGGAAAACCUCCGUCUUGAGAACUCUCUCACUGAUGUCAUGCUGGUGGUGGGUAGCAAGCAGUUUCCUUGCCAUCGUGUAGUUUUAGCAGCAGCAAGUAACUAUUUCAGGGCAAUGUUCUGCAAUGAUUUAAGAGAGAAACAUGAAGAACAGAUAGUUAUUCAAGGGGUUGAUGCAGAGACCAUGCAGAUUCUUCUAGACUACACGUAUACCAGCAAAGUGCUCAUCACCAAACAUAAUGUGCAAAGGACUCUUGAAGCUGCAAGCCUCUUCCAGUUUCUGCGGAUGGUUGAUGCUUGUGCUGCUUUCCUCAGUGAUGCUCUUCACCCCGAAAACUGUGUGGGGAUCCUAAGACUUGCAGAUACUCAUUCUCUGAGCACCUUGAAACAGAAGGUUGAGAGCUACAUUAUUCAGAACUUUGCCCAGGUGUUGAUUCAUGAGGAGUUCCUGGAGCUCCCGACUAACAUUCUUUGCAACAUCCUAAACAGUGAUGAACUCAAUGUGACAGAAGAAGAGCAGGUGUUUGAAACAGUGAUGCACUGGAUUCAUUACAAGGAAUCAGAAAGGAAACACUGCCUCCCCCAGAUUUUGCAACAUGUUCGCCUACCUCUAAUGGACCCUUGGUAUUUUGUGGAAAAAGUUGAAGCAGAUGAGCUCAUUCGAGGCAGCCCAAAUGUGUUCCCCCUUCUUCAGGAAACAAGGCUAUAUCACCUUUCAGGCAAUGAGAUUGUAUCUGAAAGGACAAAGCCCAGAAUGCAUGAGUUCCAGUCAGAAGUGUUCAUGAUAAUAGGUGGCUGUACCAAAGACGAAAAAUUUGUAUCUGAGGUAACAUGUCUGGAUCCAUUGCGACGCAGUCGUUUAGAGGUUGCAAAGCUGCCAAUAACAGAACAAGAAACAGAAAGUGAAAACAGGAAGUGGGUGGAAUUUGCCUGUAUCACAUUUCGAAAUGAACUCUAUAUAUCUGGUGGAAAAGAGACCCAACAUGAUGUUUGGAAGUACAAUUCCUCCAUUAACAAAUGGAUCCAGAUUGAAUACAUGAACAGUGGACGAUGGCGGCACAAAAUGGCUGUACUGAAUGGAAAGGUAUAUGUAAUAGGAGGCUUUGAUGGCAUACAGAGAGUCAACAGUGUGGAAGUUUAUGAUUCUUUCCACAACUGCUGGACAGAGGCAGCUCCUCUCUUACUCAAUGUAAGUUCAUUUGCUGCAGCCAGCUGUAAGAAAAGGCUGUACGUGAUUGGUGGAGGACCAAAUGGGAAGCUGGCCACAGAUAAAAACCAGAGCUUUGAUCCAGCAGCUAACAAGUGGAGCCUGAAAGCAGAUAUGCCAGUAGAGGCCAAGUGUAUUAAUGCAGCCAGCUUCAAGGAUCAUAUCUACGUAGUUGGAGGUGCAAUGAAAGCCCUUUACUCAUACAGCCCAGAUGAAGAUACAUGGUGCUUGGUGACUCAGUUCUCUCAUGAAAGAGCGAGUUGUGGAAUUGCAGCCUGUAGCAAUAAACUGUUUAUCACAGGGGGGCGUGAUGAGAAGAAUGAAGUCAUUGCAACAGUACUUUGCUGGGACCCUGAAAUGCAGAAGCUAACUGAAGAGUGCGUAUUACCUCGAGGCGUCUCACAUCAUGGUAGUGUUACAAUUCGAAAGUCCUACACACACAUUCGCAAAAUUGUCCCUGGAUCAGUCUCAGUGUGACUAUUCAAAACUGGAGAACAUUUAUUUGAAUAUGGUAAUUAUUUAUAAGUACACAAAGGUGGUUUUAAGAAAUCAGCCCACAACAAACUCUUUGUAAAGCCCUGAUAAAAGUGAUAUAACUAAUGCUGUUUUAUAGCAUUGUUUUCUGCUCUUUAUAAAGACAAUUUUAACACUUCAUGAACAUUAAUAAAACUGACAAGACAAUAUAAAAGUGCUGUUGAUUAUUAAUUGUCUGGGCUGUCAGUUUCAUAAAAGUAAUACAAAUGGGUUUAGAGGAAACAUGAGCUGAUACUUUGAGGGCAGCCAUGGUGGUGCAGCGGUUAGCAUUGCUGCGUCACAGCAAGAGGCUCUCCUGUUC